AUGGGCGUUCCAUCGUUCUUCAGGUGGAUAGUGCAGCGUUACGGUAGCGUUAUAGACAAUGUCAUUGAAGCACUCCCAGACACAUACGAAGCCAACAUAGAUGGCGGCGCGCUUCCUCUUGGCUUUGCAAUAGAUAAUCUUUACUUCGAUACAAAUGGGCUCAUCCACCCAUGUUUCCACCCCGAGGGGCGACCUCAGCCAGAAACAGAAGCAGAAGUGUUCGAGGAGAUCUUCCAAGUCAUAGAUAGGGUCGUUUCGAUCUGUAGACCGCGGCGUCUUCUAUACCUUGCCGUCGACGGGCCUGCUCCUCGUGCAAAGCUCAACCAACAGCGGAGCAGGCGUUUUAUGGCGGCGUAUGAGCGGCAGAUUAAACAGCGCGCCCAAGAGCGAAGGCUCAUGAAUAUGAAUCUUGGCGACGCAGAGCCCAGCUUGAAAAAGCUAAGCUUUGAAGAAGGCAAUGCCAUGGAUACUUCUACAGAGAAUGUCCUUGAUUCCAACGCCAUUACACCAGGAACUCCCUUCAUGUCUCGCCUCUCGGUGGCACUAAAGUACUAUGUUGCAAAUAGACAGGCAAACAGCAAGUUAUGGCGCCACCUUACGGUUCUCUAUGCAGAUGCAUGGUCUCCUGGGGAGGGGGAGCACAAAAUAAUGAGCUUUGUCAGGAUCCAGCGGUCCCAACCUGGAUAUGACCCAUGCACUGUGCAUUGCAUAUACGGCCUUGACGCAGACUUGAUAAUGCUUGCCUUAGGUACUCAUGAACCCAAUUUCCUUAUUCUUCGAGAUGUGGUGGAUACGGAUAAUCUUAAGCGCACCUGCACGCGUUGUGGGCAUCUGCGGGUUUCCAGUGAGUAUAGAACAGGGACGGUGGAUCCUUUCACUACACGUCAUGAAGACCAAGGAGGGAUAGACUGUCCCUUCUACCCCGGGUCGUCUCUACGGCCAGUGGCGUUCCGCAGCCCCUUUCAAUUCCUACAUGUUAGCAGGCUUCGGGAGUACUUACAACGCGAAUUUGAUGCGGCAGAUGUCAUAUUUGAACGGGCCAUCGACGAUUUUGUGUUUCUUACCUUUCUUGUUGGUAAUGAUUUCUUGCCCCACAUUCAGUGUCUCGACAUUCGAGAGGACGCAGUGAUCAGAAUGAUAUACUUCUACAAGCAACUUAAAAGAUCAAGAAAGAUAGGAUUCUUGACGACCGGGUCAGACGUUAAUAUGGAAGACCUUCACAUUUUCCUAAAAGAACUGGCAGAGCAAGAAGCACGAAUAUUUAGGGCUCGAGCCAGUGGAAAACUCAAUGCGCGACACUCGCAAAUAAGUGAGGCACCAGACACUAAGGACGAAACCCCUGGAGAACGUGCUAUUAGAGAGUACUUCCAGUUUUUCAAGAGGGAUGACAAAAGAAUGAUUAAAGAUGCAAUAGAUGACUACUGUAAUUUGCACGAUAAGCCUCUCCCUCCGACGGUCGUUGCGGUUAAGCAUAUAUUGAUAAAGUAUGAACUUGAGAAGCCUGGCUAUGCACAGCGUUAUUAUCUGGGAAUCGGGCUUAUGGAUGACUUCCCAGAAACUAACCAAGAAUCGGAUACCUUCAAGGCAGAGUUAAGAAAGCGCAUUCAGACGAUGUGCUAUCAUUAUAUAGAUGGGUUAAUUUGGGUCUUUCGGUACUACUUUCUGCCUAAGGUGGAAGAUUGGGGCUGGUAUUACCCUUACCACCAUUCUCCUCUACUGGCUGAUCUGGCAUCGGCAUCUCAGACGUAUACCCGUACCUGGAAACAGCAUACAGUGUCAAAUCGGCCCUUCAAUCCUUAUGAGCAGCUUCUAGCUGUUAUGCCUCCUGCAAGCGCAGCACUUCUCCCACCUGUUAUGAGAUGUCUGAUGACAGAUCCUGCCUCUAUUCUUAAUAAGUUCUAUCCCUCGCUCAUUAAAUGCGAUCUCAGUGAGAAGACGGCCCUUUGGAAGGGGGUCCUUUUACUUCCGUUCAUAAACUCCUCUGAGUUGAUUUCUGCGGCACAAAAAAGUUAUGAUCAGCUCACACCUCUAGAGCAACAAAGAAAUCGGCUCUCGGACCCAAUAAUUUUGAUCCACAAGGAUCAUCCCGGAUUUGCUCUAUUUAAGGCCAUAUUAGAUGAUCAGCCCAUUCCCUCGUCCUUCAGCUCAGUUGUGGUAUUAGAUAAGGUAGAAAAGCUCGGAGAAAGGGAACGCAAAAGAUUCUAUAUUCAAAAACCCAACAGGCAGCUCAAUCUUUUGGCGGGUUACUAUACUGUUAGCCAAACAGACUUCUUUAAAUAUGGAAGUAGCGUUGCACAUAUAUUAGCGGUCGCACACAAUAAUAACUACCUAGUACAGUUCUGUAAAGAGCUGGAGCAAGAUGCAGUUGAUGCUCGCGGACAGCUAGAUCCUUGUGCUGUUAAAACACUUUAUAAUCUCGAAGACUUAUCAGCUAUAACUAACCAAACCAUAGCUUUGCGCUUUAUAAGUCCGCGUAUACCAGCACAGUGGCUGAAUGCUACAUGUUACAGGAAUUCUGCCAUCAUGCGCAAGGUUGUCACAGACUCUGUCUGGAAAGGAGGAAUCGGCGCCCGUGAGCGGCAGUACAACUCUCUAAUAGGCAUGAAUACUGAGAAGGAUGAGAGGGGUGGAGCCGCCGGGUCUGUACCCUUGUCUUCUCCUACAUCGGCGACAGGGGUUGUGGAGCGAGCGCGGGCGCUGGGUUUCUAG